ACGGCUGGUAUAUUCGCUCAAAGCCAACUUGAACUGCAUAAUAGCCGCACCCAUCUGCUUCCUGGCAACUUGAAGGGUUUACUACUGACUUGAGACUAUGUCAGUUUCCGUCUUCCGACGCCUAUGGGCAAAAAUAUCCAACCCAACAAAGUGUGUCGGGAGGGACCUUGAAGGUAAUCGGUACUUUGAGUACCCAAACCCUCACGGAGAUGUGAGAACGAAACGCGUCGUGAAAUAUCGACGGGGCUAUGAUAUGUGGACCUAUAUCGCUGGAGAGAAGCGGUUACCUGUACAAUGGACGUCUUGGUUAACUCACACCAGGUCACAUCCGCCCACGUACCAGGAGCUUCUCGCUGACUUGGAGCGACAACGUCGUGUCUUGCAAAAUGCUGCCAUGAUCGAAGCACGAGAACGUGAAGCUCGAGAAGCUGCACAACUAGCCUCGCCCUCCCAUGCGCCGACACAAUCCCCCGAGAAUACGGAUACAACCUCGGAGGCGCCUUCAGUACAAGCAUCAUCUUCUCCAAAUGCUCGGUCGGGGGUCAGUGCGGACCAGACUCCGACGCCGUCAAAGCCUCAGCAUAGUACAGAGCCCUCCAAGCCAGAUCCCUGGGAAGCAGCUCGCGCGAAAGCUGACGGGGACCAACCGCAGUCUUGGGCCCCUCGUGCGGUUCGUCGGGGUGGCUAACUUGAUGCAGCUGUGACCUUUCCAUAUGCUUCUGAUAUUCCUCCUUAUACAAACACUACUUAUUCUCAUGUCGUAUCCUGUAAGGGAUUCCGCAGCAGCAUUGUCGCUUGCGUAUUCAGCAUAAUGAGAUAUUGCAUGCAGUAUCGGGGUGAGACAUCUUACAGUGCUCGUGAUAGUUAAGCUUGUCUGUCAUCUCCCUUACGCGUCGAGAAUGACUGGCUGCGUGCUUCUUUCCCGCUAUCUUCCGGCGGUAACUGUGACAGUACACAGCAAUACUUUGCAAGGUUGAGGCUUCAAAUGUGGCUUUUUCCUGGAGAAAGAGGAUUGAGAGGAUGUUGAGAUCCGUAUUUAACCCCUAAUACAAGUUGUGUGCCGCU